AUGAGCAACAUCAGCAACGACAGUGGACUGGAUGACUCCGCUAAUUGUGCCGCUAGUGCCAAUGGUCCUUUGGCAGCCACUCGGUUGUCCUGGUUCCUGGCCGAAGUGGACGAUGGCUCGAUGACGAGUGGGAAACCGAAUGGCCGGAGACGGCUCUGCGUGCUCCACUCCAUGGAGCUGCUGGAAUCCGAUGUGUCGGACAAGUACAUAAGCCGCUUCGUGGAGUUCCGGGUCAAUGGCAUGGUGGUGGAGGCCAAGCUCAUCCUGGCGGCGGACGAGAGGCGUCUGGUGGACGCCGCCCUGCUCUCCAUGAGCAGGGAGGAGCGCGAGGACGCCAGUGCCCAACAACUGCUGGUGCAAUACACCGAAAGCGAUGAGGCGGGCGGAGGCGAUCGACUCGUCCAGAAACUGGUCUCCCCCAACAAAGUGAUGUGGAUGAGCACCAAGCCCGAGCUGAAGGGCAAUCCCCUGGUGAGCCUGGCUCCCGGAUGUAUUGCCCAUGUGCUGUACGCCUACGAGCAGCGGGAUUACAUGGAGAAGAUGCUGCUGCACCUGAAAGCGCGCAGCUUUGACCUCGCCUUCGAUGACAACUUGGCCACCGAACCGGAGGCCAUGACCGACGACACCUGGAUGCUGGUGCAGUACAGCCCGGAGCCGGAGACGGUGGUCUACCAGGUGGUGCAGUACAGGCAGACGGUGUGGCGCAAGGAGAAUCUCUUCAAGGACGUGAUCGCCUACAUCCAGCCCCCGGUCAGCGACGUCGUCCUGCAGGCCGUGGUCAUCAGCUAUGGCCAGGACAAAGAGGUCCAGGCGGCCAAGUUCGAGGAGCUGCGCCGGUUCCCCUUCGACAUUGACUUCCCCCUGCCCGAGGAUCUGGACAAGCAUCCGGAGCACGGCACCUCCACCGCCCUCUUCGCGCGCACAAGUCUGUACCAGAAGGCCGAGCAGCGAGACUCCACCGGCGAGCACAAGGAGCUGCGCAAAAGUCUGGAGCAGAUGAGCGAAAGGGCCCAGGGCGAGGCCCAGAUGAUCAUCGAUGCCUUCGACAUGGUGGAAAACAUCAACAAGAACCUGCAAAGUCGCCUGAUCGCAUAA